AUAAACGAAGAAGAUUUCAUCCGCGGAGGAAAUGUCUGUUUUAUCCCAGUUGUAUAAUGCUGGUUUCUCCAUUUACCCCGAGACAGAGUUUCUCUGGAUGCCUCGUUGAGCCUUGAGAGUGUGAAGAGUCCUACUAUACAUAGGUAUAUACUUGCUCGCCUACAUGUCCACCACCACUUCUUUGGUCACUCUCCCAUUUCUAGCCCUCAUCUCAAUUCCCCUCGCCAUAUCAGCUGCUGUCACGAUUUGUUUCUCUAUCAUAGCCCUGUUUCUGCAACUCUCCGUGGUCUCCAUUGAGCUGUGCUAUGCUCUCUUUGCGAAUCUCUUCAUAAUCCCUCCAUCUGCUAGCUGGUCUCUCCUGAGCUUUACAGCGUCAGAACCCACCACGCCGAAUAGGCAACAGUCGUUUGAUUAUGGCUUAACGAUUCCAUCUCCGUAUCACCUACCCCCCGCAUUUCGUGGCCAGAGUCAUCCAGCCUUGGACCCCCGACGAAGCAGCACAAAUCUACCAGACAGCCAAGACGCCCAGGAAAGCGCCGUCCUGAGCUUCGAUGGUCGAUAUUCGAAUCGGCCACACUUGCGGAGGAGCCUCCCAUACAUCCCGUCUUCUGGCUUCCUCGGUUUAAUUAGCGGCGACGGGGAUCGAGACUUCGAGGGCCUCGGGGGAUGGCGCUGUCCACCAUCCUCUUCGAAAUCUCUAGGGCAUCGCUCCGGACGUACCUCGCCGUCGUCGAGCAACAGCCUCAGUGACGAAAUCGACGAAAUCGCAUGGGUGUCCAUAAACAGUCGAUUGGAAUUACCCUCCCAGCCACUAACCCACCGACGGGAUGCAGAGAGUUCGGAACCCUAUAUUCCCUGGAGAAACCCGCGGCAAACUGCCUCUCAUAGCACUGAUCCGCGAGGGAAUCACAGCCAGAGCCAACGCCAUCACCGCCGUUCCGCGACUACAAGCAUGGUAUCUGGUCUUGGUGUUCGAUCGCCCAGCUCCCCAGCUCAUCCCCUGUCAACUCGACAUGAAUCCCAACACGACGACGAGCCCAUGCAACAAGGCUUAUCUCCCCGAUCGCAGUCUCACACUUCGCUCUCGGCACACUGGGAGCACCCAGUGACAACAAGUGCGUCAAAUGGUGCCGGAAGUUAUUUUGCUUUACAGCCUAAGAGUGGUGCGCAAACAACUAGCAAUACCACCCCAAAUGACGAACGGAAGCCCGCUAGAAAUAUGCUGGUAGGCGGCGGUCUUAUUCACUAUCCUACCGGUUCGCGGAGUCGUCGAACAAGCACCCCCGGUUUCAAAUCGAUAGGAUGGCUGGAGUAGAUAGAUUUCUUGUAGAUAAUAAAAGCUACUCUUCGCCUCCCUCCCCCUUGUGUAUUUUUUCGGCCAUUUUACAGUUUGGUUAUUCUUUGAUGUAUACAAAAG